GCUUGUCAUAAAACUAGGGUCUAUAAAGACUAGCGCUUCACUCCGCUUCUGUGCACCGCCUAGAAUGACGCCUCCACCAUCCGCUUUAGGGUGCUACGACUACGUUAUAUUCGCAAGUACUUUAAUUUUCAGUACUUUAAUCGGAAUUUACUAUGGAUGCUUUGGCACUAAACAAGCAACAACGAAAGAGUACCUCAUGGGAGGAAAAACCAUGAAAAUCCUUCCCAUAGCAGUAUCCGUAGCAGUGAGUCAUAUUUCUGGAACUAUGCUACUAGCAACUGUAGCCGAUGUUUUCAGAUACGGGGCUAGUGUGUGGUUACUGGUUGCAGCUUUCACACUAAUGGGUUUUCUAGCAAUUUUUGUGUAUCUUCCCGUCUUCUUCAAACUACAAGUCAAUAACAUUUACGACUAUCUCGAAAAAAGAUUUGAUAGGAAAACUAGAAUUUUAGCUGUCCUGUUUUAUAUUCUGUCUGAGAUUCUUAUGUUUCCGGUUUUCGCCUACACUCCAUCACUCACUAUUGCCACUGCUAGUGGUGUCAACGUAUCACUAGUUGCCUUCAUCUUAUGUGUUAUCUGUAUUUUCUACACUUCAGUCGGGGGUUUUAGAACCGUAGUUUGGACCGAUUUUCUUCAAUUCGGAGUCAUAAUGGCGGCUCUUGUCUGUAUAUACGUAACCGGUCUUGGAUCAUCCGGCGGAUUCGUAUCCGUUUGGAACACAGCACUAUCAGGCGACAGGCUACAAAUUUUCAACUUUCGUGUUGACCCUACAGCCAGAGAUAGUUUCUGGGGUUAUCUUUUAGGUUCGGGGGCGGUUUCCACAGCUGUAGUAAUCGUGCAUCAAACUGGAGCCCAAAAAUUUUUAACUUUAUCUAAAUAUACAGAUUGCAGGUGGUCAGUAGUUCACACUGUAGUCAGUAUGUCGCUAGUGCACACCUUCUGCAUCUUCAUUGGUUUACUGGUUUAUGCCAAGUACAAAGACUGCGACCCUUUGACUGGUCACUUGGUGUUAAAACAUGAUCAAAUUUUCCCAUACUUUGUAACUGAGGUUGGUUCAAAUUUUCCAGGUCUGGUCGGGCUUUUCAUUGCAGCGAUUUGUAGCGCUUCGUUAAGUUCGAUGUCGUCAAACUUAAACGCCUUAGCUGGUGUUUUAUACAAAGACAUCGCUUGCUUCGUUCUAAAGAAACAAUCUACAGAUUUUAACAACAGUGGCAGUGGAAUUUUGAAAGUAAUAGUUUUGGUUGUUGGAGCGUUGUGUACUUGUUUGGUGUUUGUAGUGGAACGGCUGGGAGAAGUACUUUCUAUUAGUUUAAUGGUAACUGGGCUUACGCAAGGACCAGUAUUGGGGGUAUUCACACUAGGAAUUCUCUUUCCUAAAGCAAACUCCAAGGGUGCCUUCUAUGGUACUAUUGGAGGUUUUAUUGCUAUUUCGUGUCUCGCGAUUCCCGCCAGAUAUUACCAAAUGAAAGGUUUAAUAAAAUAUUCCACGAAACCUCUAUCAACCAGUGGUUGUAUUGUUUCUAACCAGACUUUAGCUGGAAGUGAUUUUUCUUUGAAUAGUACUGUUUUGGAUCAAGCAAUGUUGGUACAACCUAGCUCUAUUUUUAAGAUAACGUUUUUCCACUACACGUUGUUUGGAGCUAUCCUGACUGUUAUUCUCGGGUUACUUAUAAGCUAUAUGUCAAAGAGCGAUGUUGCAGUUGACAAGAGUCUACUAAGUCCUGUUACAUACAAUUGUUUAUCUAGAAAAUACACCAACAAAAGGAUCGCGGUCUACAGUAGUAUAGAUAGCGCCGUUCAAGGUUUUGAUUAGAUAAAGUUUAAAGAAUAAUUUAUGAACAUA